UUCUGUAUUUAUGUUAAUAUAGAUGAUUUUUAUUGAAGCGAAUCUAUAAAAACGUUUAACGGUUAGCUAUAAAGCAGGACUCAUAUAAAUUUUACACAUACGCCUUUGGUAGCACAUAGCACUAGUCACGUCCAUGUCCAUCCCGGCCCUUGGUAGCACUAACAUCGAAGCAUCCUCCUCCGUCCACGACCCACACCGCCGUGCUCAAAUUCGGCCUUGCCAGCGCCGCCGAGCGUCCAGCGCCGACCCAAGCACGUGAGGAGUUGGACACCACCGAGAGGAACUCUCUGGUCCUGCUCGUGGUGGUCGUCGUCAUCGCUUCCCGGGCCUGAGAACUGUGGUAUUUCUCUUGUUCUGAACUCACCCCCUGCCUUUCCAUAAUUCCAUCUCCGGUUCACCCCGCGUGAUCUGUCUCGUGCGGCAAGGCGUACGCGUCCUUUCCCUCCCGCGGCAAGGCAACAGCCGCCGUCGCCCUAAGCCAGGUGCCCAGGUAUUCGUCGGUCCCUUCGCCAGGCCUCCCUCGCUUGCCGCCAACGAGCACCCACUAGACUGUAGACUACAAUUGCAUCCUGAAGAAUAAAAUGGACCAACAUGAUUCCAUGGCUGACUCACCAAGGAGGCGGCACAACCUUUUGCGUGACAAGGUCCAAUUGGUGAAAAGGAAAGAUUCAGAUCGCUAUGAGAUCGUCCGCUUCCAUGAUCCACUGUCUUUUGAGAAAGGCUUCUUUGUUGUGAUCCGUGCUUGCCAGCUUUUGGCACAGCACAAUGACGGGAUAAUAUUUGUUGGUGUUGCUGGCCCCUCUGGUGCUGGGAAGACUGUGUUCACUGAGAAGGUGGUCAAUUUCAUGCCUGAUGUUGCUGUGAUAUCAAUGGACAACUAUAAUGACGCAACUCGCAUAGUCGAUGGCAAUUUUGAUGAUCCACGUCUGACAGACUAUGACACACUGCUGGAAAAUAUACAUGGUCUGAAGGAAGGAAGGUCAGUUCAGGUUCCAAUAUAUGAUUUCAAGUCAAGCUGCCGGACUGGUUAUAGAACAGUUGAUGUCCCUAGCUCCCGAAUUGUUAUCAUUGAAGGUAUUUAUGCACUGAGUGAGAAGUUACGGCCAGUGAUAGACUUGCGUGUUUCUGUCACUGGUGGUGUUCAUUUUGACCUAGUCAAGAGGGUUUUAAGGGAUAUACAGCGAGCUGGCCAGGAGCCUGAAGAAAUAAUUCAUCAGAUCUCUGAAACGGUUUAUCCAAUGUACAAGGCUUUCAUCGAACCAGAUUUGGAGACCGCACAUAUUAAGAUCAUCAACAAGUUCAACCCAUUUUCAGGGUUCCAAAAUCCUAUGUACAUUCUAAAGUCACCAAGGUCUCUAGGACCUGAGAAAAUCAAGGCUGUGCUUGGUGAUGAUCAUACGGAAAGCAACGAAGAAACUUAUGAUAUAUAUCUGCUUCCACCUGGUGAAGACCCAGAAGCAUGCCAAUCUUACUUGAGAAUGCGGAAUAGGGAAGGGAAAUAUAAUCUAAUGUUUGAGGAAUGGGUGACCGACAAUUCUUUUAUCAUAUCACCAAGGAUCACUUUUGAAGUCAGUGUUCGUCUUCUUGGUGGUUUGAUGGCAUUGGGAUAUACUAUAGCAGCUAUACUGAAGAGAAGCACUCGUGUUUUUUCUGAUGGCAAGGCAACUGUUAAAAUUGAUUGGCUGGAACAACUUAACAGACAAUAUAUACAAGUGCAAGGAAGAGAUCGGCUUUAUGUUAAAUCUGUAGCGGAUCAGUUAGGUUUGGAUGGUUCUUACAUACCACGCACAUAUAUUGAACAAAUUCAGCUGGAGAAAUUGAUUAAUGAUGUUAUGGCGUUACCAGAAGAUUUGAAGACAAAGCUCAGCAUCGACGAUGAGCUGGUCUCAAGUCCAAAGGAAGCCUUUUCCCGUGUUUCGGCUGAUCGGAGAAACAAACUUAUGAAGAGUGGCCUAUCUCAAUCAUAUUCAACACACGGAGACAAAAAUAUUGUGAAAUUGAGUAAACUAACAGAAACCAAUAGGAGGUUUGGUGGAGGGCGGGCCCUUGAACCGCCUGCUAUCAACCAGGGUGCAAUCACCCAGCUUUCAGAACAGAUAUCAACAUUGAAUGAAAGGAUGGAUGAGUUUACCUCUCGAGUUGAAGAACUCAACUCGAAAUUUACAGUGAAAAAACAUUUGCCCAGUCAGCAGAACUUAGCUCUUCCAAAUGAUGCUUGCAAUGGUUCCACGCCUACAAAUCUCUUUGUCUCUCAUUUAGGCAAUGGUACUCUGAUACCUCAUUCUUCAUCAUCAAACCAACUUUCAAAGGAUUCCCCGAUGAUAGAAGAGAUUAUGAACAUAACAAGAGGUCAGCGCCAGGUUAUACAUCAGCUCGACAAUCUGACAAAUCUGCUUCACGAGCAUUUGGUCUUAACACGCCAGACUAAUAAUACCGCCAGCAGGAACCGGGUGCUGGAUAGCGACACACUCAUCUGUCCACUUAUUUGCCUGACUGUUGCCAGUAUCGGUUACUUCAUGUUUAAAGGUCUCAGUAGGGGCUGAGCAAAGUGAGUUGGCCCAAACAUGUGCUCCGAGGCUCACCACCAAGUUUUGGCAGAACUGGAGUAAGCAAUCGUCACAGCUCUUACUGAUCUGCAGUACUUCCAGAAUUCGUAUUGAUGCUGUCUCUCCUGCAGGCUAAAGGAAGACAGUUCUUGAACCGUUUACAUCAGGAAGAUCAUAUCUAACAGCUUACGGUCUUAUUAAGACAGGUAAACCUAUAUACCAGCACAUGGAACAAAGCUUUCGCUUUUCAGGGAGUUAUUACUCCCAAACGCAGAAAAUGGUGUACCAGAAGCAUACACUUCUGUAACAGGCACUGACAGUUCCCAGUGCUAAUAAAUUUUGGAGGUUAAAAUAAUGCUCAGAUAAUGUCGAAGAAAUUAUGAGAGAUCUAUAAGUUUAACUGAACAUUGUCGUUGUCUUUGUCGUGAUUUCUGAGUGCGAGCACUAUCUCAUGAUGCCAUCUGAA